AUGACGGAGGAGAACGUAGAGGAGCCUCCUCUCAGCCCGGCGGCGCGUCUAUUCCAAAUGCCGAGCACAGAAUUGUGCAUUAUCGCGAUGAUCGGUUUUAGAACCAAGAUUAAUCCUGAUGUCAUUCUCGAUGACUUGAAGCAUUACGUUUCCAAGCAUCUUCGUUUCUGUAGUAAACUGUCAGAUAAUGGUGAAAGAUGGAUUAAGACACAAGUUAAUGUAGACGACCAUGUAGUUGCACCAGACAUAGAUCCACAAGAGAUCAAGGAAGAUGGACAAAGCUUCCUCGAUGACUAUGUCUCGCGACUAACCAUGAUUCCUUUUGAUAGAUCAAGACCACUGUGGGAUAUUCAUAUCCUCAAUGUCAAAACAUCUGAUGCAGAAGCGGUUGGUGUAGUGAGAUGUCACCAUUCUUUGGGAGAUGGAAUGUCUUUAAUGUCCCUCUUGGUGGCGUGUACCCGAAAAUCAUCAAAUCCCGAGGCAUUUCCUACCAUUCCCGCCAUAGAACGGCGUGACCCGUACCACCUUAGAAACAAAGGCCACCUUUUAAGGUCAAUAUUCGCAAUUUUUUCUUAUGUGGAAUUGAUUUGGAACACCAUUGUAGAUGUUCUGCAGACUCUGGCGUCUGUGUUGUUCUUGAACGAUACAGAGAUCCCUCUUAGACGCGUCAAGAAUAAUCCACAGAGGUUUUGUCACCGAACUGUCUCAUUGGAUGAUAUUAAGCUAAUCAAAAAUACUAUGAACAUGACAGUCAAUGAUGUUCUACUUGGAGUUAUACAGGCCGGUCUUUCCCGCUAUCUGAACGGACGAUAUGGCAACGCAGAUGCUGAAGGUCGAACAUCGGAUCAGAACAAUCAUUCAGAUAAAAUACGACUUCCAGCGGGUAUUGCAGUAAAUUUAAGGCAGGAGAUCGGAAUCCAGCCUGUGGGAAACAUGUUGGCUAAGGAUUCGAAAUGCAGAUGGGGAAACUACGUCAGCGCAGUUCAUUUUCCGCUAUCCAUUAGUUUAAAGACCGAUCCAUUAGUUAAUUUAUCAAAGACUAAAUUCAUAAUGGAUCGAAAGAAGCACUCUCUUUCGGCUUAUCUCUUUUAUCUAACUCAAGAGUUCACCGUCAAUACUUUCGGACCUAAGGUAGGAGAAGUAGUCUUCAAACACAUAGGGUCGAACACAACUGCAUUCGUCUCAAACAUUGUUGGCCCUGUGGAAAAAGUAAGUUUACACGGCAAUGAGAUCGCUUACAUCGCUUUAAGCUGCUAUGGAAACGGACGGGGACAUGCACGUAUUGUUGGUACAUUUCGUAAGUUAUGCGGAGAAGUUGAUUAUUUCCAUAGGGGUGGAUCCAACAUUCAUACCAGAUCCUCACAAUCUUUGUUAUGA